UGAUGCCACUGCUGCUGGUGGUGAAGGAGGAGAACAAAUACCAAAGCCCGAGGAUCCGCUCAAGCUCCCAGUCCUUGCGAGAAAAUCCAUGGCUCCUCCUGGAGGAUUUGACAGCAUGCCGACUUUCGAGACUAUGAAACAAGCCACGAGAACGAAGAGAUUACAUCUUCCAUCGUAUUCCAAGCGCCUCAGGCAAGAGCGACGGAACCAAGAAAUCCAGGCCGUCCAAUACCUGGGAUAGAUUAAAUUCUCUUUAUUGCGAUCUUUGUACAUUUGCCCGUUAAAUUCCACCAAAUGUUUUAGGUCAGUAUGAGGAAGCUCGCGAUCGCGGUGGUGAUCUCCGGAGGAGCUCUCGUCAUUGGCGCCAUCGCGAUUGUGCACUCCAGUCGGCGGCGGCGUCGCAGCUCUCAGAUCGUGUGGAGCGCGGCGCAUUGCGAUCGGCAACACGCGCACGGGAUUCUGGGAGCUGUCGGCAACACGCCGCUGGUGAAAAUUCGGAGUUUGUCCGAGGCAACAGGCUGCGAGGUUUAUGCCAAAGCGGAGUUUCUAAAUCCUGGAGGAAGUAUCAAAGAUCGAGUAGCUGUGAAAAUCAUCAAAGAGGCUUUGCAAUCCGGAAAGCUACGUCCUGGAGGUGUGGUCACCGAAGGAAGCGCUGGAAGCACUGCCAUUAGCCUGGCUAUGGUUGCCGUGGCGUGUGGUUGCAAGUGCCAUGUAGUGAUUCCAGAUGAUGCAGCAAUCGAAAAGGCUCAACUUCUGGAAGCGCUAGGUGCCACUGUGGAGAGAGUUCGACCGGUUUCCAUAACGCAUAAGGACCACUUCGUAAACAUUGCACGACGAAGAGCACAGGAAGCUGAAGCAAAGUACAAAGAGCGAAUGAUCGUUUGCCCCUUCGAUAAAAAUGACAAGAAUCCAACGAAAAAUGGUACACAUAUCGUCGACAGCAAAGAUGAAGCGCAAGGGGGAUAUUUUGCUGACCAGUUUGAGAACCUGGCAAACUUUCGGGCUCAUUACCAAGGAACGGGGCCAGAAAUAUGGAAGCAAACUGGAGGCAAAGUUGAUGCUUUUGUAGCGGCAUCUGGCACCGGUGGCACAAUCGCGGGCAUUACAUGCUAUCUCAAGGUAAUUUCCCAGCUGCAUUUGUCAAAGAGAUCUUUUUCCUUCUUGCAGGAUCAAAGGCCAGAAGUCAAGUGUUACUUGAUAGACCCGCCUGGUUCUGGACUUUAUAACAGGGUUUCAAGAGGUGUCCUGUAUGCUAGAGAAGAAGCAGAAGGAAAGAGACUCAAAAAUCCAUUCGAUACCAUAACGGAGGGAAUUGGCAUCAACCGUCUGACGAAAAAUUUCCUUUUGGCUAAACUUGAUGGAGCCAUCCGAGGCACUGACAAGGAAGCCGUAGAGAUGUCGAGGUUCUUAUUGAGAGAGGAUGGAAUCUUCGUCGGCAGCUCCUCGGCGAUGAACUGCGUAGGCGCUGUGCGGGUUGCUCGCUUGCUUGGUCCCGGCCACACCAUCGUCACCAUUCUUUGCGAUAGUGGUUCACGCCAUCUGAGCAAGUUCUACAAUUCAGACUAUCUAUCAACUCAUGGCCUCCUUCCUACUGCAAAGGGAUUGGAAUUCCUCGUAUAAGGAUCAUAUAUUCUGUAGUCCUGACACACUUGCGACUGUGUCUUAAUGCUCUUGGCUUCUGACGGUGAGUCAGUUCGGCUUUCGGUGACAAUCUCCUGUGAACCGCAUACUCUGGUGCCAUAUAUCCGCUGCAAAACGACGUAAGUCUGUCAACCAUAUCAUCCACUAGAAGAGAACUUACAAUGUUCCAGCCACUUUUGAGACGCCAUACUCUCCAUCCAGAUCGAAGAGCUUGGAGAGGCCAAAGUCCGAUAUCUUUGGCUGUAACUUGGCAUCGAGGAGAACGUUGCUGGCCUUGAUGUCCCUGUGGAUUAUCUGAAAGUGUGAUUCCUCGUGCAGGUAAGCAAGUCCCCGAGCGAUCCCGAGCGUGAUUUGGAACCGAGAUUGCCAAUUCAAGGCCAAAGAACUUUCUGUGAGGAAAAAAAUAAGAUCUUUAACUUCAAGAAUAGAAGUGGAGACAAACACUUAACGGAAGAGCGCACUGUCGAGAUUGCCGUUCUCCAGGAACUCGUAAACCAAGAGCCUCUCAUUGGCUUCGACGCAA